GACUUGGAACCGGUUGGCGAUCAAACAUUCCGUGCUUUAAUCCACGAGACAUAAUUGACCGCCUCCAGUGUCUACUCACUUUUGAAAAGGAGAAAAAGGCCAAAGGAGGAAAUAAUGGAAGUAGAACUUUUAUGUCCAUGGUACAGAGGUUUCAAGGGGAGCAUAUUGCAUUCUGGAAAUGAUGUAAGGGGUCAUAGAAUUUAUGCUAGCUCAGGCGUGGUGAAGGUAGUUAAGCCAACUACUUUGGUGAUAACAGAGCUCCCAAUUGGGUUAUGGACUUUGGUUUACAAAGAAGAUACUCUGGAGCAGAUGUUGGCCAAAGGUCUCAUCAAGGGCUAUUCAGACCGGAGUUGCCUUGACAAUGUGAAGUUGAAAAUUUACUUGAACGAAGAAAACAGAAAGUCGGAUGAUCAACUCAUUAAGGACUUCAAGCUCACUUCAAAACUUUGCACUGACGAAAUGGUCUUGUUUGAUGAGAAAGACAUUAUCAUUGAAUUUCACACUCGCAAAGAAAUUCUAGUGCGAUUCUUUAAAGUACGUCUCGAUUACUAUGGGAGGCGAUAUGAAAAGUUGUUGAAUGAUUAUCAAAGAGAAUUGACAUUUCUAGCUGCCAAGAUUAGAUUUGUCAAAGCUGAAUCAGAGGGAAAAAUCAAUGUCAAAAACGUAGAGAAGGGACGCAAUGCGUUGCACGAGGAGUUGAGACAGGAGGGUUACCCUUGCGAUGAAUCAACGACAGGAUUCGAUUACUUACUCAGGGUUAGUGAUCAUCUAAGUCUGUCCCUCACUAACAAAAGAAUCCAAGAUUUGAGGAACAAGAGGGAACAGAUUCGACAACACUUGAUGGACUUACGAAACACAACAUCGGAAGACUUGUGGCUAUGUGACCUGGAGGCUUUGGAGAAGGCACUGCCUCCGGGUGACGGUCUCUAGUUUGUUGCUUUGCCAAGUGCUGUGUCAUUUUG